GGAAACCAGAUGUUUCAUCACAUUUCAGCCUCUGCUCUGAGAACUUACCCUGAGCAGCCCUAACAGGCUAUUACGUCUCUACAGCUGAGAUAUGAUCAUCUUAACUUACUUAUUUGUCCUGCUGUGGGAAGAGGUUCAUGGAUGGGGAUACAAGAACGGAAUUUUUCAUAACUCCAUAUGGCUUGAACAAGCAGCAGGUGUGUACCACAGAGAAGCGCGCGCUGGCAAGUACAAGCUCACCUACGCAGAAGCCAAGGCAGUGUGCGAAUAUGAAGGCGGCCGACUCGCCACCUACAAGCAAGUAGAGGCAGCCAGAAAAAUUGGAUUCCAUGUCUGUGCUGCUGGGUGGAUGGCCAAGGGCAGAGUGGGAUACCCCAUUGUGAAACCAGGGGCCAACUGUGGAUUUGGAAAAACUGGGAUUAUUGAUUACGGAGUCCGUCUUAAUAGGAGUGAAAGAUGGGAUGCCUAUUGCUACAACCCACAAGCAAAGGAGUGUGGUGGUGUCUUUACAGAUCCAAAGCGAAUUUUUAAAUCUCCAGGCUUCCCAAAUGAGUACGAUGAUAACCAGAUCUGUUACUGGCACAUUAGACUCAAGUAUGGUCAGCGUAUUCACCUGAGCUUUUUGGACUUUGACCUUGAAGAUGACCCAGCUUGCUUGGCUGACUAUGUUGAAAUAUAUGACAGUUACGAUGAUGUCCAUGGUUUUGUGGGAAGAUACUGUGGAGAUGAACUUCCAGAAGACAUCGUUAGCACAGGAAAUGUCAUGACCUUGAAGUUUCUCAGUGAUGCUUCAGUGACUGCGGGAGGUUUCCAAAUCAAGUACGUUGCAGUGGAUCCGCUAUCCAAAUCCAGUCAAGGAAGAAACACAAGUACUACUUCUACCGGAAAUAAAAACUUCUUAGCUGGAAGAUUUAGCCAUUUAUAAAACAACAAAAAAGGACACUCACUGUUUACAUUUGUAUCUUUUGGAACCCCUCUGAUCUUACUUUUAUAUUAUUAUUAAUAGCAUUUAUUUAUUUUCUAAAUGUGAAAAGCAAUCCCUGAUAAUUUUGGGAAAAUUGGAAAAUAUAGAAAACUUUAAAUGAGAAAAUAAAAUCUCUCAUAAUCCCACUGCAUAAAAAUAACAAACAUUAACAUUUAUAUAUUUUUCUUUUAGUUAUUUUUCAAUUUGUGGUAUAUGUAUAUAUGUAUCUAUAUGUAUUUGUACUUGAAAUUUUGGAAUCCGGCUCCAUGUACAGUUUUAUAUCUGAGUUUUUUU